AACAACACAGAAAACUCACAAGGUGCUCCAUCCUCAACUUCUGGGAAGCUGUUACCAUGGCAACAAAUACAUCAUCCAAAUAUGGGAACAUAAUUUCCACAAGUGAAGUGAUCCAAUCAGGAUCUCCCACUCUCUACCAGCUGACACCAAAGAAAGAAGACAUUCAACCUCUGAGAACGAAAGAGAACCUUGGAUCUCUGACAAGAAUGACUCUUGGUGAAAAAGAUCCAAACAAGAUAAACAAAACCAUCUUACUUGUUGGUGAAACAGGAUCAGGAAAAUCUACUCUGAUCAACGCUCUGGUCAACUACGCCAUGGGAGUGGAGUGGGAGGAUGAUGUCUGGUUUAAGAUCGUAGAGGAGGAGAAGAAAAGUCAACCAGAAAGUCAGACAUCAGAUGUGAUCGUGUACCAGAUCUUUGGUUUUGAAGAUAAACCUCUGCCCUACUCUCUGACCAUCAUCGAUACUCCUGGAUACGAUAGCACUGAUGGAAUCAAACAAGAUGUCAACAUCAGUCAAAGAUUAUUAGACUUGUUCCAGUCAGUGGAUGGAGUUCAUGAGAUUAAUGCAGUGGGUCUGGUGAUGACAGCGAGUGAGAAUCGACUGACUGACCGACUGAGGUACAUCUUUGAUUCAGUGAUGUCUCUGUUUGGAAAAGACCUGGAGAAGAACCUUGUCGCUCUCAUCACACACUCAGAUGGUGGGACAGCGGAAAAUGUUCUACAAGCUCUCGAGGAUGCAAACGUUAAAUGUGCCAAAGACAAAGAUGGGGAGCCUGUUCAUUUUAUGUUCAACAACCACCAGAAAACAAAGAAAACAAAGAAAAAUAAUGUUGCUCUAAAAGCUGCAUGGGAAAUGACAAUGAAACAUAUGGGUCAUUUUGCUGAUUUCCUGACCAAACAAUCCCAUCAGAGCCUGAUGACAACUGUGGAAGUCAUGAAAUCCCAAAUCAAACUGACAGCUUGCACCAACAACCUGCAGGAGAUAAUCAAGGAGAUUGAUAAAAAACAGACAGAAAUCCAACAGACUCAGGAAGCUCUGAAGAAACAUGAAGAAGAGAUGAAGAACAACAAGAACUUCACUGUAGAAGUUGAUGAGCCCUACAGAGUUAAACAAAGAGUUGUUAGAGAGAGUAGGUGGUGGGCAUUUGGGUUCAAUUAUGGAGGAGCUGUCUGCUGUACUGUCUGUGAGGAGAACUGUCACUAUCCAUGCACACUGGCCUUGUAUCCAGAACACUGUGAGGUCAUGAAAGAUGACCGCUGUACUGUAUGUCCCGGGAAGUGUCCUGCAUCAGCUCAUGUGAAGGAAGAACAAUGCAUUGACUGUGAGGGUGAGUGUUCAGAUGAAUCAAGGCAUGUCAAAACCCCCUGGAUCUAUGUGGCCAAGACAAGGAGAGUUCAGAAGACCCUGGAAGAUGUGAAGGACAAAUAUGAACAGAACAAAGCAGAAAGUGAGCAGAAGUUGCGCUUUUUGGAAACUCUUAAAAAAAACAUGGCAGAACUUCAGCAAGAAAAAGAUCAGUUGCUGGACGAGUCCUUUGAGCUUGUUGUCCAACUAGAGCAGGUCGCCCUGAAUGUAAAUUCAGUGUCCACUUAUGUCCACAUGGACUUCCUGAUUGAGAAGAUGAAGGAGAAAGGAGACAUGGAGAAGGAGAAAAAACUGGAAGAGAUGAAAAGUCUAAUGGAUAAAGAUAAAGUAAUCAUAGCAGCGCUGCGCUACAAAGUUUGAUAAACUAACACAAGCAGUUGGUAAGAGGUAGUGAUGAACUAGUAUCACUGACAGCAGACAGCUGUGUAGAAAACAAGGUCUACACUGAUGAUCAGAUGUUUCAUUAUGGUUAUAUAAUUAAUAUAUUAAAUGUGAUAAAAUUAAUUAAAUGUAAAUGUUUAAUUCCUGGAAACACUGCCUCUUUGGUGUAAUAACUGUUUGUUUGUUCUUGUAGUUUCACAUUUAAUCACCAAAAGUUACUUCACUGAACAGAUUAGACAACAGCUCUGGUUUUAAAUGCUGUGAGGACGCCCCCUCCCCCCCCUCGUAUGGCGAGUGAAUUGUGCCACGGAUAACCUACCGAAGGCGACUGUCGUGUGACUCUAACAUGUGGAUUAACUACAACGUCGCCAGUAUACAUCGUGAUAAGUACAACGCCACACCUAAUAUAGGCAUCAGACUUGCCCCCGACCCACAAUGUAUUGAGUGAAUUUAAGUGACAUCAAUCAGUAAGCCUAUGUUAUAGCAUAUAGGUUAAAAUUUAUUUUAAUUAAGUCAACAUAUACAUAUUCCAAGGACCUUAUUCCAUUGUAAAAGUUGCUCUAAAAAUACUGACAGUAUAAAAAUAAUACAAUGAAUUAAAUUGUAGUACAUCAUCAUCUUAUGUGACCUGCAGAGUUGGAAGAAUGCAUUGUAACAUUGUAAGAGUCUAACAUUUAUUGAACACUGGCGCCAUCUACUGAAAUUGGAUUUACACCAAUUUACUUCAUAGAUCUGUUUACAUGUAACUUUAUGUACAUAUGCACUUUAUAUAACUUAUAUACAUAGUAAUCAAACAUUCAUGUUUAACAUUACCUUGUUCAUCUUUGUUUUUUUUUUGUAAGUUUUAUUUGAUUAGGACAUUAAUCAACAUUUCUGUAAAUGUGCCAGUGUUAGCCAGUCUGCUAAUUUUCAACUGUAGUCCUAGCAUGCAUGU